AUGUUGGGUAGAUCUGCUGCUUUCCAGGCUCGUGUUUUGAGUCGUCGCGUUGCCAAACCACAAUUCCACACUUUAAGCUGUGCUCUCAAUGAAGCUAAGGUUACACCACCAAAGUUACCAAAGAAGAAGAGCCAUCCAAUCCGUAAUUUCGUUUUGAAAGUUCUUUUUGCCACUGGUGUAUUCUAUGGUGCGGGUGUCUAUGCCUCCUUAGAAUCUGACACUUUCAGUGACUACUUCACCGAAUACGUGCCAUUGGCUGAUGAAAUUUUGCAAGCCGUUGAAGACAAUAAAAAAUUCUUGAACGAUUCUGAUCUUGAUCUUUUGAAGAAGAAGAUCCAAGAUCUCAAGGACAAGACCGUGUCUAUUCCACAACAGGGUGCCAUUACUGAAAAAAUUAAUGGUGCUUAUGAAGUUGUCAAGGCCAAAUCUACUGAAUUAAUUCAUAAACCAGAGGAAAAGAAGGAAACAGCAAUUUCAGUAGUAUCUCCAGUAAUUAAAAAGUUGUCAAUUCCAAAAAUCGAAUACAGUUCUAAUAAUGCCGAAGUUAAUGCCUUGAUUACCAAAUUGAACUCUUUGAUUAGCUCUGUUAAUGAUAACAGUCCAAGUGCUACCACUCAAAAGUUGGUAGAAAACGUUUCUAAAUCCAUCGCUGAAAUUUCAGACAAAGUUAAACAAUUUGAAGCUGACAAUGUGGAAUUAGCUAAGAAUAUCACUGACAAAUUCACCUCUGAAAAUGCUGUUGUUUUGAAGAAAAAAGAAAAUGAAUUGAUUGAAAAAUUUUUAACUGAUUUCAACUCGGAAGUCAAUAAAAUAAAGGCUGCCUACGAAAAGACUUUAGAAAAGGAUAUCGCUAUGAGCAAGGAUUUGAUUCAGUUGGAAUACGAAAACAAAUUGAAGGCCGUCCAAAUCCAACAAUUGAAUGAAUUUUCUCAGAAUUUGACCGAGAGCAUUGAAAUGGAAAGAGACGGUAAAUUAAAGAACUUGAACGCCUUAUAUGAAAAAGUUAAGAUCUUGGAAAAUUUCGAAGUCGAAAUCUUCAAGAACUUCGAAAAGUUUACUAAAUACAAUGAAUUGACUGUUACUUUGAGUAAUUUGAAAAAACUUGUCUUCAACUCUGAAACUUAUCAAAACAACUUGACCGAAUUGGACGGUGCCAAAAUCCUUGAAGAAAUUUCCAAACUUGUUGAACUCACUAAAUCUACCCCAGAUGAUUUGGUUUCUACCACCAUUCAAUCUAUUCCAACUGAAAGUAUUCGUACCACCGGUCUUCUUUCUAAUGCCCAAUUGAUCCAACGUUGGAAUCUUUUGGUUCCAGAGCUUCGUUCUGCCUCCCUCUUGCCACCAAACGCUGGUUUGUUAGGUCACUUGUCUGCUAGAUUCUUCAGCUACUUCCUCAUUUCUAAACAAGGUAAUGUCCCAACCCACAUUGACAGUGAAGAUAAGCCACUCGUAGAUGGCAACCUAGUUGGUAAUGACAUUGAAUCUGUUAUAUCCAGAGUUAACUACAAAUUAUCUAACGGGGAUUUGGAUGAUGCCAUUGAAACCGUGUCAAGCCUCAAGGGAUGGGGUAGAAAGUUGAGUAAUGAUUGGUUGAUUGAAGCUAGAAAGAAAUUGGAACUUGAGUUUUUGGUUGACUUGCUUGAGACUGAAAUCAAAUACUCUUACUAA